CGAGCGCUAUUUUGCGCCGUGAACCGGCGCCCCCCCCCCCCCACCUCCGGCGGCCGUUUUCUAAGAAAGGAUUCCUCCCUUGUUCGUCCUACCUUUAAAAUACGGCUAGGCGUGUCCAUGGGGGCGGAUUAUGAGGCAUUGCGGCAGCAUGUUUAUGGCAUCAGAGCUGAGAACACGAGCCAGCGGCCGGUUCACUGCUCCGUUGAUGGCGAACGACAUCAGCGUCCUAGUGUGCACUUCACAGUUCAUCAUGCAGGGUAAGGACAUGGAGUUCGCAACAGUGGAGCGGACGGCAACUGCGCAGUCACCUUCUGAGCGUGCGUGCGGGGUGUAUGAAAAUCUUGCUGUCGACAUUCCUGUCAGUUCUGCUAUGCACUUCUCCGAUGUGGUGGGAAAGGUGAUGUGUACUGUUGGGAGUGAAGGCACAAUGUCGCAAUGUCUGGCCAUGGAUGCUCAUGCGGGUGGCGGUCUUCACACGUCGGUCACGUCCGUGACUACGCAAGACAAUUCUCAUACGGCUGUUGUUGUUGAUGGAAGUCGAUGCAUUGAAGCAGAUGGGGUUGGUUGUGCGCACUCCGAGAUGCGGGUUAAAAGGGCGCAUUCAUUUUCUCAGCGCAUGAUUGCAGUACACGGCAGUUCACGCAUGGCCUCCACCGUCGGUCAUGGUGUGGAAAUAUCUAUGCAGAGCAAAACUGUGCAUACAUAUGACGACUUCCAAUCUGCUAUGAUUGGAUGUCUGCCGAUUAAUGUUUGUCGGGAUGGCGGUGUGCAUAGUACACGAGGAGCACAAACUUUGGUAGCUGAUUGUCAGUCUCCAACUAGUGUGUAUGGAAGUCUGAUUGUCGAUGGGAGAGGAGUUGGUUUUGGUCCUGCUGCUGAUAAGAUGGAUAUCCACCACCUUCGUGAUAUGCUUCUGUGGCGACGGGCAGUGGCCGCUUGCGAUGGAGGGAAUGCUGGCAGAUCGCAGGGGGUAGCAGGUCACAAGCGUGCAACGACAAAGGGUUCUCGGCGGGGGUCAUCUGGUCGGACCGCAACUGAUCCUAUUGGGAGUACAACCGCCCCAAAGUCUAAUGCUUUGCAUAUGAAUAAGGGUAGUAAGCGAGCCUGCAUUGCCGAUCUUAAUGGGCCACCUACAUCAAUGCCGAGUCAGAGUGAUAAUGGUGUGUCUGCAUCAGACGAAAAUGGUGCACCGGGUAAUGUUGCAGGUUCGUCGGGUGUUGUGGGUUUGGACGAGAUUGGUAGUCAGGAUGAGUGUGCGGUCGGUGUUGCAUGUGUAUCGGGUGUUCGUAUUCCUUCAGCUGAACGGAUAGAUGGGGAUGUUGGCGUUGUUGCAUGUAAGAAGGCCGCACGGAAGAAGCCUGUAAGCAACCCGGGGAAGACACCGAACUGGGGCGACGAUGAAACGAUGAUGUUAUUGUCGAUGAGGUGUGAGUUCAAGUGUGGUAAAGGGGAGGAUUCAAAGGCGUUGGGUAAAGCUUGCUCGAUUCAUAAUGUAUGGGGUUUUAUUAGCGCAAGGCUUAUCGCUGCGGGGUUCGAACGUACAAGAGAUAUGUGCAAGAACCGUUGGAAUUUCGUGUACAAGAACUAUAAGCUCAUCGUGGAUAACGAUAGGCGGAGCGGUGCACAAAACCCGGCUAUCCUCCUCGAUAAUAUUACUGAAUCGCAUGGGAACGGGGAACCAUAGGGAUUGCAUAGUGAUGUUGCCGAUGGGAUGAAGAACACGAGUGAAUGUGAUGGUGGACCGACUUCCCAUGGCGAGAAUGAAGCCUCCCAACCUGG